AGCGCGCAGAAAGCAGCUACGCAGGAGAGAGGGGCAGAAGCCGAAUGGUGGAGCUGAAGAUGGCGGAUGGCGACAGCGGGAGUGAGCGCGGUGGUAGCAGCGGGGGAGGAGGCGGAGGCGGCUUCCAACACUUCCAGAGGGACCAGGAGACCCAGGAGCUGGCGUCCAAGCGCCUCGACAUCCAGAACAAGCGCUUCUAUCUGGACGUCAAGCAGAACAGCAAGGGCAGGUUCAUCAAAAUCGCCGAGGUAGGGGCCGGGGGCUCCAAAAGUCGCUUGACCCUCUCCCUGUCUGUGGCGGCGGAGUUCCGUGACUACCUCGGGGAUUUCAUCGAGCACUACGCCCAGCUGGGGCCUAGCAGUCCGGAGCAGAUAGCCCAGGCUGCUAUGGGUGAGGACGGUGGGCCCAGGCGAGCGCUCAAGAGCGAGUUUCUUGUCCGGGAAAACCGCAAAUACUACCUGGACUUGAAGGAGAACCAGCGUGGGAGGUUCCUGCGGAUCCGGCAGACCGUAAACCGUGGACCUGGCUUUGGAGUCGGGGGCCCUGUGGGCGGCAUGCUGGCCGGUCAGACCAUAGCCCUUCCGGCCCAGGGGUUAAUAGAGUUUAGAGACGCCCUUGCUAAACUCAUAGAUGAUUAUGGGGGAGACGACGAGGAGCUGACCGGGGGCACGGCCGCCGGAGGCUACGGUGAGCUCCCCGAGGGCACCUCCAUCAUGGUGGACUCCAAACGGUUCUUUUUUGACGUCGGGUCCAACAAAUACGGGGUGUUCCUGCGUGUGAGCGAGGUGAAGCCCAGCUACAGGAACUCUAUCACCAUCCCGUUCAAAGCCUGGAGCAAAUUCGGAGGCGCUUUCAGCAGAUACGCCGAGGAGAUGAAGGAGAUCCAGGAGAGGCAGAGGGAUAAAAUGUACGAGCGGAGGGAUGAGUCCGAGGGAGACGACGUGGAUGACGACUGAGAAAACCCAGUCAAACAGCUCUUAGACCAGUUACAUGACAGAUCUGCAAUAUAGGGGUAUUUUGCAACACAAAAAAAAAAAGAAAAAAGACAGAUAAUGAUAAAGUGCAUGACAAAUCGUGCUGUAAUAGCCUACUAAAGUAUCGUGGCGUAAAAAAAAGUACAUGUGCAGGGAAUUAUUGGUGUAUUAUCCUAAAGUUUGUAGGGUUGAGGGUUGGAGUGGUUGUGUGAAUCUCUGAAAGUGGAAAAAAAAAAGUGGACUAAAUGUGUAAAUGAGAUAAAUCUCAUUGGCUAAAAAAAAAAAAAAAAAAAAAAAAGAGAGUGCUUUAUUGUAAAAA